AUGGCUACCCCUAGUGUCCUCACUUUUGACGCUGAGGGUCGGGCCAUUGACUUUGAGGUCUGGGUAGACGACCUGCAGCUGUUCUUACAGUGCGAUAGGGCAGACGGCCUCUCUCUCUUUGACCUUACCUCUGGCGCCUCCCCUGCCCCUGCUGCUGAUGCUGACGCCACUGUUCGCUCCCAGUGGGCCACGCGCGACACUGCUGCACGUCUUGCUGUGCGUCGCCACCUCCCUACCUCCAAGCGUGCGCACUUUAGUCAGGGUGUUCCCCCUCCCCCCUGCUGCCCUCUGUUGCCUCUGCUGCUACGGCCGACCUCCUUGGUCUUGAGUCGGUCGGUGUGGCGUCUGCCCCUAGCGGGAGACGCCGCCCUGACAAGGGCAAGGGGGGCAAGGGAGCUAGAGGAGCGGGCGGUGGAGGUGGAGGUGGAGGCGGUGGGGGUAGUGGGGGUGACGGUGGGAGUGGAGGUGCGGGUGGGGGGGUCAAGGGCGGCACUGGAGGCGGAGGCGGCGGCGGCGGUGGCGGUGGGAGCGGAGGUGGCGGAGGAGGCGGUGGAGGAGGUGGUGGUGGAGGCGGCGGUGGAGGCGGCGGCAGUAGCGGAGGCGGCGGAGGCGGUGGGGGUGGCGGUGGAGCUGGUCGUGGGCCUUUGCAGAGGAGUGGCUCCGGUAGUGGCGCGCGCCAAGAGCAGCACCGCGGUCGUGAGACCCUGUCCCCUCAGCAGCUCCGUGAGUGUUACACUGCACGCCAGCGGGGUGGGGGUUUUGGUCCGUGCACCUACGUCUUGCGCACCGCCGACUGUGCGGUUCCCGGAGGCCUCAGAGAUUCCUCGCUGGGGCGAGCUGUCUAGGGCGGGUGUUGCCAUCUUUGAUCUUGACUUUGAUGCUAUUCUCUCUGCCAUGUAUGCUGUGUCUCAUAGUGAUGAGGGUGACUGCUACCGCUAUUUCCCGCCCGAUCCGGGCAUUGAGGCUGCUGCCCUAGGUGCUUACGACGCUGCUGCUCUAGGUGCUAGUGUGUCUGCAUCCUCAGGUACUGGAGAGUCUGCGCUCUCAGAUACUACGUCGGCUUUGGCCUCCCUCACCUUCACUCUUGACUCUGGGGCGUUUCGCUCCUUCUUUCGGGACCGCACCACACUCACGCCGCUUAGUCGACCGGUUGCGGUGUCUCUAGCUGACCCCUUCUGGGGGUCCUGUACUGUCUCGCUUCUCCACAGUCCUCCCGUGUUUGCGGCUCCCUCUGGCACCCUGUCUGGUCUCUACCUCCCCUCGUUCUCGACGAACCUGGUGAGUGGUGCUGACCUACAGGAUGGGGGAGUACACCAGUUCACUCCUGCGCGUCAGCGGGUGACGCAUUGUACAGAGGCUAGCACAGGCCGGCACCUGGCUACGUUUACCCGUCAGCCGGGGUCGAGCCUGUACACACUGACCACUGCGUCUCCUCCUGAUACCGAGUCUGGUAGAGUCGCUUCGUCCGUUCAGGUGUUUGCUGCAGCGUCUAGGUCUGGUCAUGAGUCUGCCCCCUGUUCGUGUCGUCUCUUGUCUCAUGAGACUCUCCUUUGGCACCACCGUCUUGGUCACCCCUCUCUGCUUCGGCUCAAAGGCAUGGCCUCCCGUCUUCUCGUGUCUGGUCUCCCCCAGUCCCUCCCUCCCCUUCCUCAGGGCCCUGGCCCUGCCUGUGUCCCCUGUGUCGAGGGGCGCCAGCGAGCUGCCCCUCACUCCUCCCAGUUUCCUCCGACAGAGGCCCCGUUGGAGACGCUUCACAUGGACGUGUGGGGCCCGGCCCGCGUCCGUGGACAGGGUCACGAGCACUACUUCCUGCUCGUUGUUGACGACUACUCGCGUUACACCACGGUCUUCCCCUUGCGCAGCAAGGGUGAUGUCACUGAGGUGUUGAUCGACUGGAUCCACGCAGCUCGUCUCCAGCUCAGGCGGAGCUUCGGCUCGGACUUUCCUGUUCUGCGUCUGCACUCUGACAGAGGCGGAGAGUUCUCCUCUGGCCUUCUGCGAGCCUACUUUCGUGCACGAGGCAUCCGCCAGACCUUCACGCUUCCGGACUCUCCGCAGCAAAAUGGGAUUGCUGAGCGCCGCAUUGGCAUGGUCAUGGACGUCGCCCGUACGUCCAUGAUGCAUGCGGCUGCCCCCCAUUUUCUGUGGCCGUUUGCGGUCAGGUACGCGGCGCAUCAGAUCAACCUCCACCCCAGGGUCUCCAGACCGGAGACCUCCCCAGCAUUACUGUGGACGGGGAAGGUUGGCGAUGCGUCGGCGUUCUGGGUCUGGGGAUCUCGGGCGUUUGUCCGCGACUUGUCUGCGGACAAGCUGUCCUCUCGUGCUGCUCCUUGCGUCUUCCUGGGGUUCCCCCCUGACGCGCCUGGGUGGCAGUUCUACCUCCCCACCUCUCGACGUGUUCUGUCCUCCCAGGACAUCACGUUUGACGAGUCGGUCCCCUACUACCGCCUCUUCCCCUACCGCACUCCGUCCCUCCCCCCACCCCCGCUCUUCCUUGUACCAGGUCCCCCCCAGGUAGACUCCCUCCCCACUCAAGAUCCUGCCCCUUUAGGUGUGUCCUAG